GCCCCGUAUCUGGAGUCAGCGAGCCUCACUCGUAGCGGAUCUUUGGUGAUGUGAGGAGACCCGAUCCCUCUGUCAGACUCUGUCUCCGGGUUCCUCCUCCAGGGUGUUUUGCGCGCAGCGGCUCCGCGGAGGGAUGGGAGCGGUGCGCCCGCAGCCGAGCGCUCCGCCGCGGCUCUGCGUCCUCGUCCUCCUGCUCCUCCUGCUGGGCUUCUCCGUGUCCCCCUCGGCGGCCUGGGACCUGGUUCUCCUCCACACCAACGACGUACACGCCCGCGUGGAGGAGACCACCGAGCACUCCGGGAAAUGCGUCGGCAGCAGCCAGUGUUUCGCCGGCGUGGCGCGGAGAGCCACGGAGGUCCAGAGGGUCCGCGGCUCCGAGAGCAACGUGCUGCUGCUGGACGCCGGGGACCAGUUCCAGGGAACCGUCUGGUUCAACUACUACCGAGGAGCCGAGGCGGCGCACUUCAUGAACCGACUGCGCUACGAUGCCAUGGCCUUGGGGAAUCAUGAGUUUGACAACGGAGUGGACGGACUCAUGAAACCCUUCAUGCAGAAGAUCCAGUGUCCCGUCCUCAGUGCCAACAUCAAACCUGACAAAACUCUGGCCCCGACGUUUGGGACGUCGUACCUUCCCUACAAGAUACUGACGGUGGGGGAUCAGAAGGUGGGCGUGGUGGGAUACACGUCCCGGGAAACGUCUGACCUGUCCAGACCCGGAACUCACCUGCGGUUCGAGGACGAGGUGAACGCGCUGCAGCCGCAUGUGGACAAGCUUCAGACGCUGGGGGUCAAUAAGAUCAUCGCUCUGGGUCACUCUGGAUUCACCAUGGACCGGGAGAUCGCCAAGAAGGUCCGCGGAGUCGACGUCGUCAUCGGAGGACACACCAACACUUUCCUCUACACAGGAACGCCUCCUUCCUCCGAAGUCCCCGCCGGUCCGUAUCCCUUCAUGGUGGAUUCAGACGACGGGCGGCAGGUUCCCGUGGUUCAGGCCUACGCCUUCGGAAAGUAUCUGGGUUAUCUGAAGGUGACCUUUGACGAGGCUGGGAACGUGGUGCGCGCCGCGGGAAACCCCAUCCUGCUGAACAGCAGCGUCCCGCAGGAUCCAGAUGUCCUCGCUGAAGUGGAGGAGUGGAAGAAGAAUCUGGCCAACUACUCGGCUCAUGCGGUGGGACGGACCCUGGUCUUCCUGAACGGGGAAACGGAGGAGUGUCGUUUCCGGGAAUGCAACCUGGGGAACAUGAUCUGCGACGCCAUGCUCAACAACUACAUCCGAUUCCCAGAUGGCGUCGAGUGGAACCACGUCAGCGCCUGCAUCUACAACGGAGGCGGCGUCCGGGCAUCUAUCGACGAACACACCAGGAACGGCUCGAUCACGAUGGAGGACCUGAUCUCCGUCCUACCCUUCGGGGGAACCUUCGACCUGGUGCAGCUGAGAGGCUCCACGCUGAGGAAAGCCUUCGAACACGGCGUGAGGCGACAUGGACAGAGCACCGGAGAAUUCCUCCAAGUGUCCGGGUUCCAGGUAGAGUUGGACCUCACGGAACCUGCGGGCCGUCGUGUGAAGAGCCUCAGCAUCCUGUGCACCAAGUGUCGCGUGCCCCACUACGAACCGGUGCAGGACGAGUCGGUCUACAAAGUGGUGCUGCCGUCCUACAUGGUGACGGGCGGCGACGGGUUCUCCAUGAUCAAAAGCGAGAUGCUCAAACACAACAGCGGGGAUCUGGACAUUUCAGUCAUGUCCGAAUACAUCGCUCAGAGGAAGAAAGUUUAUCCGUCCGUCGAGGGACGAAUCAAGAUCUACAGCUCGGCCUCCGGACCGCAGGGACGAACCGCCGCACUGGUUUUACUUCCACUGACGCUGCUCUGGACCGUGUGACACGACGGGGCGGACCAGAUCUUUUUUAUAAACUUGUAGAGAAUGUGAAGAAGAAACGACUCUGGUGGAUGUAAAACAACACGACUGACAAAAUGAUAUAACUUUUAUUGUCCACUUCCUGGGGCCGGAGCUCAACGAGAAAUCCCACACAAAUUUCUUCCGUCUCAACAUUCCAUGUUCGUCCAAAUCAGUCUGUGAAGGUUCAAUGUCUGGAGAAGACAAAUGAUUCUAUUAAUUUGGUUGUAUUUGUCAUUUUAUAUUAAAUCUCGGCUCGAGUAAAAAAGUUUUAUUGAUUUA